AUCACUAGUGAUACCCCUCUUCGCGUCUUCCCAACUCGUUGUCUUUGUCACAAACACCCAAAUAUACCAAAUACCAACUUCAAAUCCCACUCCAUCACCAACACCCAACCAUAUACCAACCCAACUUCAUAUUUCAUCAACAACAUACCAUACCAACCUCAUAUUACAUCAACAUGGCAUGCCCUGUCAUUGGCUCGACGAACAGCACUCUCCCACCUAACCAUCCCUCUGUGGAUCUCACAAAGGAUGGGCAAAUUUGCCCAAUAGUUGGUGCACGGUCGGAACAUCAUCAUGACCUUCACGCACAUCCUCCUGUGCCUACCAAAGAUACCACGGCCACGUCGUGCCCCGCGCUCAAGAACACCCUGAACGAGCCGAAAGCAAAGGAGAUGGACGACGUCGUUUGCCCGAUAGUCGGUACCGCCACAAAAGUUCUCCCACCCGAUCACCCUGAUAUGCUGAAGGCGAAUGCCGGUGAUGUUUGCCCGGUAACGAAAGCUACUGUAGGACAUCAUAAAGACAAGGUUCAGGUACAUCCGAGUGUAGCGGGUGCUUCGGAAGGGGCUGUUUGCCCGGUUACAGGAAAGCAGCAGCUUGCAUAGGGUAUUGAUUCGAAUCAAUUCGAUGUCAUGUCUCUU